AAAAAAUUUUCCUUAGUAAAAAGGAAAAUUUAAAGAUGAUAAAAACAGUUAGCAAUAAUAAUAAUAACAAUAAUAAUCUACUAACAUUUAAUAAAUAUACAUGCUCAUCAAAUAAAAUUAAAAUGGAGAAAUCAAUUAAAGAAUUAACAGCAUCGGGUAUAGUCAAAACAACAUCGGAUGAUACAUCAGAAAUUUUAACUUUAAAAAAUGAUAAAAUAAAAAAUGAAAGAAGAUUGUCAUCAACAUCUGAAUCAUCUGUAGAGCCAAUGGAUUUGGGACGUACACCAACUCCACCACCACCGCCACAACCACAACAACAAUCCCAAAACCUAACAUCAUCAUCUACAUCAUUAUUAUUAAGAGGAACAUUUAAUAAAAAAAUAUAUAAAAGUAAAUCACAUAAUGAUAAUGAUGAACAAUCAAAAAUUAAUGAUGCUAAUAAUAUUCAAACAACACCAAUAAGACGUUGUAGAUCAUAUUCUCAUAAUGAAUCUGAAGGGCCAUAUGAAUCUGAUGGACAAGAUAAUUGUAUAAAUAAUGCGCAACAAGACAUAUUAGAACCAAAUCGUAAACCAAAAAAUCUUGAUACCAAAUUAAAAUUAAGAUAUAAUAAAAAUAAUAAUAAUAAUAAUAGUAAUAAUCGUAAUAAUCAUUAUUAUCGUAAUAAUCGUACAGUUGUAGAAAUUGAAUCAAGUGAUAAUCCAAAUUCAUUAAGGAAAAAAUUUCGUAUUAGUACACCAAAUCGAAUUAACAAUAAUAAUAAUAAUUUAGAAAAUAAUAAUAAUAAGUGUUAUGCAAAUGAUACUGAUAAUAAUAAUGAACUAAAUAACAACGAAGAUGGUGAUAAAAUUAAAUUUAAAACGAAUUCAUCUCCAAAUUUUAAUAUUGGUAAUAAUGAUAAUGAUAAUAGUACUAAUCGAAAUUUAAAUGAAAAUAUAAAAAAUAAUAAAACAAAAUCAAUAAUGCAAGUAACACCAAGAACAUCGACAUCUUCAUCGUCAAGACGUUGUAGUGAUGAAAACGAUGAUCAUAUUAGUAAUGGUAGUAAUGAAAUUGGUAUGAUAUCAAAUGAUAUAAAUAGUUGUGAUGAUGAUGAAAUUAAUAUAGUUAAUCGUACUAAUCAAAAUGAAUCUGGUUUUAUUGAUGGUAGUAGUCAUAAUUUAAUGAAUUCAAUUAAUUCAAUAUCUAGUCCAGAAUCUAGUAGCGGUGGUAAUAACAAUAAUAAUAAUAAUAGUGGUGGAAAUAAAAAUGAUAACAAUAAUUGUAAUGAUAUAAAUAAUAGUUAUGGAAAUGGACGUAAUAAUAAUGGAAAUGAACGGAAUAGUAAUAAUAAUAACAGCAAUACUACUGAAGAUAUUAAAUAUGUUUGUCCAAUAUGUGAAGUGGUUUCAGCAACACCACAUGAAUUCACAAAUCAUAUUCGAUCACAUAAUUAUUCAUCUGGUGAUACAGAAAAUUUUACGUGUCGUAUUUGCUCAAAGGUAUUAUCAUCUGCUUCGUCUUUGGAUCGUCAUGUACUUGUUCAUACUGGUGAACGUCCAUUUAAUUGUAAAUAUUGUCAUUUAACAUUUACAACAAAUGGUAAUAUGCAUCGACAUAUGAGAACUCAUAAACAACAUCCACAUCAGAAACGUCGAAGUAGUAAUAAUAACAAUAAUAAUAAUAUUAACAACAAUAAUAUAAUAAAAAAUAACAACAAAGACAACAACAAUAUAAAUUUAACCAAAACAAAUAACAACAACAUCAAUAACAAUAAUAAUAACGGCAACAACUACAAUAAUAGUAAAAACACUAAUUUAAUUAAUAAUUUAAAUGUAAACAUUAAUUCGAAUUCCACAUCUGAUAAUUUCAAUAUAAACAACAGUAGUAACAGCAACAAUAAUAAUAACAGUUCAUUAUUACUACCACAAACUGGUAAUAAUACAAAUACAGUUAUUUUACAAAAUGGUAAUGUUGAUGGUGGCGAAAGCUAUGAAAGUGAAGAUGGUGGUUGCUCAACAGAUUCAAGUGCCAGCAAUAAUAGCUCAAAUUGUAAAUCAAAUAAUAUUAGAAAUAAUAACGGUAUUCAUACAAAUACAACUACUCAAAAUGCAAUAACAGCAACUGUUAAUAAUAACACUAACAAUAUUUAUAAACGUAAAAAUAUUGAUGAUGAUAUCAAUGGAAUAACAAAAAGGCGAAUGAAAGCAAUUAAUAAUAAUACAAUAAUUAAUGAAAAUGAUUCAAUUAAUAAUAAUUUUAUAAUAUCAACAAAUACAAAUCCAAUACCAUUAAAUCUUGAAAGUAAUGAAUCAAGACAACAACAACAGAAAUUUUGUUGUCCCGUCUGUAAUCGCAAUGAUUUUAUUAGUAUGCCAAUAUUAAGCAAUCAUAUGGAUCGUGAACAUUCCGAUAUACCAGCAAAAUGUCGACAAUGUGAUGUUGUAUUUAAAACACAUAAUCAACUGAGUGCUCAUCGCUGUUCUCUUACAAAACAACAAAUACAACAACAUCAGCAACAAUCACAAUCAAUGAAUGUAAUGCAUGGUAUCAAGGACUUAACAUUUGUUGAAUUUAAUAGUGAAAAAUUUCCAUUAAUUGCAAAAUCAUUAUGUGAUCAGAAUAUGCGUCAAUCAAUUAUAAAUUCAAAAUUUGAAUGUACGAAAUGUUAUUUAGCAUUUCCAUGCUCAAAUUCACUUGAAAUUCAUAUGCAAGAUUGUAAUGUUGUUAAUGAAAAGAAAUUGAAACCAGUACCACAUUUAAUUGACCCACAAGCAUUGAUAUUAUCAAAUAUGUUAAUGCAACAUCCAUCAAAUAUUGGAGUAGAUUUACCAAAAGAUUUUUCAAUGCGAAAAAUAUUUAAUAUUCAACAAUUGAUGCAACAACAGCAACAACUUCAAAUACAAUCGAAUCCACAAAAUUUGAACGAAGAAAUGAAUGAAACGCAAAAAGUAAAUUUAAAUAAUAAUAAUGAUGGUAAUAUUGGACAAUUAUCGCCAAGCCAACUGAAGCGUAGUUUAAGUAGUGAAAGCUUAAAUUCCAAUAAAGAUAUAAUUAUUAAUGACGAUAAUAAUAAUAACAAUGAUAGUAAUAAUAAAAAUAAUACAAAUAACAGCAGUUUUGAUAAAGAAGAAUUAGAUCGUCAUCGUGAUGAAUUUUUUGCUCAUUUAGAUUUAAAAAAUAAAUCAAUGAUGACUUUUAAUAAUAGUAAUAGCAAUUCAAUUAAUAUUAACACAAAAGAAGCCUCGGAAAAAAUGUUAAAUCUUAAAAAUUUUGAUAGCAGUCGAAGAUCAUUAUCACCAACUUUAGAAUUGAAUAAAUCAAAUAUAAGCGGACAAAAUAAAGAAAAACGUGAUCAAAAAUUACAACAGCAAUUACAACAAAGUGAUUCAAGAGAUUUAGCUGAUAUACAAUCUAUUUUGAAUAAUACAGCCUCUUCAAGUAAUUUUCUUAAAAAUUUUGAGACUAAUGUUAAUACACCAAUGGGCAGUGAAUGUGGUUAUGGUAAAGAUGAAGAAGAAGCUCAGGAUUCAUUUACAGCUGAAUUUCGUAAAAUGAAAUUACGUGGUGAAUUCCCAUGUAAACUUUGUACAGCAAUAUUUCCAAAUUUACGUGCACUUAAAGGUCAUAAUCGGAUACAUAUAAGCGCUGCUGGAAAUGCUGGUCCAUAUCGUUGCAACAUGUGCUUAUAUUCAAUACAUGAUAAAGCAGCUUUAGUACGUCAUAUGAGAACACACAAUGGUGAUCGACCAUAUGAAUGUGCUGUAUGCAAUUAUGCAUUUACAACAAAAGCAAAUUGUGAAAGACAUUUACGUAAUAGACAUUCAAAGAUUACACGUGAAGAAGUUAAACGUGCCAUUAUUUACCAUCCAUCUGAAGAUUCGUCGUGUGACGAUCCAACGAAAAAACUACAUUUAUUUUCGUCACCCGAAUUCGAUAACGAUGAUGAAUUACAAAUUAAUCCAAAAGACCGUUCGACACCAGUUUCACAUUUAAAAGAAAUACUUCAAUCAGAAACUACUACAAAACCUGCAGUUAAAAUACAAGUAAAAAGCUUAGAAAAACUAAUUGAUAAACCGGCGGUAGCUCCAUCAGUAGCACCAGUUACAACACCCGUUCCAACAUCAUUAACAUCAUCAUCUACGUCAAUAAUGCCAAAUCCACAUUUUUCAGCAAAUUUAUCGCGAUAUGAUAAUGAAAGUGUCACUGAAAUACAAAAUAAUAACGAAAAACACAAUCAACCAAACAUAGAAGAUUCUAUUGACUCACAUCAAACUGAACCGAUUCGGGCUAUAGAUUUGAGCAUGGAUGUUUUGGAUUUGAGUAAAAAAUCCAAACCCGUUCCGGAAGAAAAUACAGAUACCCUUAAACAACCAGAUAUCAUUCCCGACGCCUUAAAACUAGAUUUAUCACAACAAUGGUUACUCGCACAACAACAAUUUCUUGAAGCAUUACCAAAAAUGGAUCCAACUAAUUAUUUUCAGUUAUGCAGAAAUUUGGCUUUACCUUUACCAUUUAAUCCAUUUUUAACGGCAUUCAAUCCAUUGCUUUCAAAUACGUUAGGAGAUUUCAGCAAGUUUUCACCUUUUAUCAAUUCAGCAGCGCUUUUUGGGAACCCAGCAGCAGCCCCAAUGCCAGGUAUUAAUGUAUCCAUGCCCCCAAGUACAAAUGAAAACAAUAUGAGCAACAGCCAAAUCAAUCAAAAUCCCCAAAAUCAAACCCCAGUUAUUGAAAAAACUCCGAAUGAAAGUCAGUUAAAAAUUGGGCCUAAUACGGUUACACCAAGUAGCACCCAAAAUGUACCAAAAAACAUCCAAAAUUCGCCAAUUUCAACUGGAAGUAAUCAAUUGAAUGUACCAGGAACGCAAAUUUUACCUCAGACUUUACCUCAAACUAAACGAAUGCCAGUACAACAACCGUUACCAACCAGUACUUUAAAUCAAUCAUCUAAUAAUGUUGGACCAGUUAAAAUGGUAAUUAAAAAUGGAGUUCUUAUGCCAAAACAAAAACAACGUCGGUAUCGUACAGAAAGACCUUUCGCCUGUGAGCACUGUUCAGCACGCUUCACUCUUCGUUCGAAUAUGGAAAGACACAUUAAGCAACAGCAUCCACAGUUUUGGGCACAAAGACAGCGUUCAGGCCAGCACGUUAUGCGCGGACGUGGUAGCAACUCAAACGUAGCAUCACAUAUGCAGUCGUCUCAUUUAAGAGCACAAGUGCCAAAUUCUUUGUCAUCCAGUCAUUUUGGUACUAUUUCAGAUCAAGUAAAGUACGCUCUUCUUGCUCAACAGCUUAAAGCUCGUAAAGAAACAGAUAUCUUACAACAAGCAUUAACUCAAGGUUCUAACAACGCCUCCUAUAACAAUAAUUCCGCGUCCAAUAAUAAUACGAAUUUAGAAGAUGAUGACAAUGAUCCGAAACUAAUAAUUGACGAAGAUGAAGAUCUGGAGGAGAUUGAAGACCAAGAUGAACCUGAAGAAGAAUACGAUGAAAAUGAGAAUUGUAAUCUUGAAGAUGAACCACCAGAGGACGAAAAUGAAGUGAAGAUCAAAGGUAUGUCCCUUCAACAAGAUCAAAAUGAUCGUUGUGGUUCAGAAAAUAUAAUAGGUGCAAAAAAAGUUGCCGAAACAAUUUUGGAGCAAGCAAUUAAAGCCGGCAGUAGUGCCGUUCAUAAAAAAUUUGCAGCGAAUACUAUACCGAAAGAAGAAAGUCUCAAAAAUGCCAAUAAUAUGAUUGCUCGGGCCGAAUCAGUAGGAAAAUAUUUAAAGGAAGUUGCGAGUUCUUCUUUUAAAUCAGAGGAAUCACCCGAUUUGGUAUCUGUUUCGAAACUAGUUGACAAUGCUACAAACAAUGCUAUGACGUUUAAUAAUUACUUUAAGCCAAAUGAUAUUGUCGAAUCCACAAAUAACGUUAAUCAUAUGGAACAGAGUGAUGAAGAAGGACUUGUAGCUUCUGGAAGUGCAUCCGAUAAUAAUUCUGGACCUGAAGAAUCUGGUGCUGGUACAAAUGCUGUUACUCAAAAAAAGAAAUCUGCGUAUAGCUUGGCACCAAAUCGUGUACCUUGUCCAUAUUGCGAUCGCAUAUUUCCAUGGUCAAGCUCUUUGAGACGGCACAUUUUAACACAUACCGGUCAAAAACCGUUUAAAUGUUCACAUUGUCCACUUUUAUUUACAACUAAAAGCAACUGUGAUCGUCAUCUGCUACGCAAACAUGGUAAUGUAGAGUCAGCUGUAUCUCUUUAUGUUCCUAUUGAUGAUAUGCCGGAACCAGUUCCAAUGCCAAAAGCUGUUGCAGAAGCGUUUCAAGCAGCUAAAGUAGCUGCAGCAUCAGCAGCAGCUUCAAAUAAUCAUACCACUCAAAUUCUGCCAAUACAGCAACAAUUACAAUUACAAACUAAAAAAACAAACGAUGAAUCACAUUAUGAUUCCAUGAAAGAACAAAGAUUACUUCAAAAUCCACCGCAAAAUAUAAUACCGAAACCAGAUCAACAGACUACUGGUAUGCAAGUACAGAUCUCAUCAACCGAUUUACCAUUUAAAUGUCAUUUAUGUGACAGUUCAUUUAGUGAGCGUAUGCAAUGUUUAGAUCAUAUUAAAAUAAAUCAUAUUCAAGAAUUUGCAUUACUUUUGGCAAAAGGUGCCAUUGAUACUGACGUUGAUCCUAAUAUAACACAAGUUCAGCAUUCAACAACCGAAGAAGAUGACAAACGUGACGAUGGUCGAGGUAAAUACCCAGAUUAUGCAAACCGUAAGGUGAUAUGUGCAUUUUGUGUACGAAGAUUUUGGUCAACAGAAGAUCUUCGACGUCACAUGCGAACACAUUCCGGUGAGCGGCCAUUUCAAUGUGAAGUAUGUUUAAGAAAAUUCACAUUAAAACAUAGUAUGCUUAGACAUAUGAAAAAGCAUAAUGGUGGAAAUCAUAAUAAUCAAGUGACAACACAAAAUAGUGGAUCGGAUUGCUCAGAUGAUGAUCAACCAUCAUCAAGUAUGAUUUUAGUAAAUUCCUUAAGAAAUCAUAAAAUUCAUGAAUUAUUAAAUAAAGUUAAUGAUAACACUAAUAAUAAUGGUAGUAAUGAAUGGCAUAAUAAUAGAAUUUUACUAAAUGAUUCUAAUAUAAUAAAAAUUGAAGAUAAUAAUAAUGAGUUAAUCGAUUCGUCAACAAUUACAUCAGCAGCAGCAUCAACAUUAACAUCAAAUCAAGGUGCUAAUACAAAUUCUGAUUUAAUUGGAAAUUUACUUGGUAUUAGUGACCAAAGUUUGCUAAAUAAAUUUUUAACAAAUCCUAGUGAAGCAGCAAAAUUCUUUGGUGUUGAAAAAUAAAAAAAUAAGAGAGGAUUAUUGAAUGAAGUUGCAAGUUAAUAAUUAUAGCUUAUAAAUAAAAUUUUGAGGAUUCGUUUUCAAAAAGCAAUGCAAGAUACUUUAUUUCGAUUCUUUAACAAGUUGAAAUAUAAAAUUUUUUGUUUUUAGAAUAAAGUACAAGAAUUAUAAAAUAAAAGGUUCAAUACGAGUCCCAUUUAUUAAAUAUCAUAAAAAAUUGAUUUGGUUUAUCCCAAUCAAAAACUAUUGGUUGUUUAACAAUAUUACGAUAUCAGAGAGUCAAGUUUACGAAACAGUAAAAUACAAGAAAAGUCGAAUUAAAUUUUGUGUCACAAAAUGAUAUCUUAGGUCACAAAUAAUUGAUUUAAUUUGAAUUCGAGUUAAGUAUUUCAAAUUUCAUGUAUGUAUUUAGGUACUGUAAGAAUUUGUAAAUGUUAUAGAUUUUAAAAUAAAUUAAUAUGCAAAUA